UGACAGCUCCCCUGCUUCAGUAGUGACUCGUCCCUUGCAAGUGGUGGGUGACGGUUCUGGGUAUUUUGCCGGUGACCAGCGAUAGCUACGUGAAACUCGUGGAGGACUGUCAGCGUCUUGCCAUAAGUGCUGGGGCACCAAAGAUCCUUGACAUAGCGACAGACACAGACGGGUCUUAAGAUGUCUGCUAUCCUGAAGGGUAUCCGUGCAGCCUUCGGGGAUGUGGAGAUGACUCCUUACACCGUCAUGGUUGAGCGAGAUGGUUAUGAGGAGCGAUUAUACCCAGCCAGGAAAUGGGCUUGUACGACAAUGAAAGGCACCAGUCAGCAAGAGCUAGUCAGUCCUAUGUUUCGUGCGCUUUUCAACUACAUAUCUGGCAAAAAUGAUCCUAAUAUACGGAUUGAUAUGACAUCCCCAGUUACAACAUAUGUAGAGCCUGGUGCUGGUCCUACGUGUGAGUCUACCUUUACUAUGGCAUUCUUGGUGCCUGAGGAACACCAGCUGACUCCACCAUUAUCAGUUGACAAAACUAUUUUUAUUGAGGAUCGUCCAGAACUAACAGUUCUUACAAGACGUUUUGGUGGAUACACAAGUGAUGAGAUAAUAAUAAAAGAGGCAAAAGAACUUGCUGAGGCCAUCAAGAAGAACGGUGAAACUGGAGUGAACUUUGAUCAGUAUUAUGUUGUGGGCUAUGAUCCUCCAUUUAAAUUAUUUAGCAGACGCAAUGAAAUCUGGUUUGUCAAGACCAAGGAAAGCGUCAAAAAUCAAGAAAUGAAUGAAAUGAUAGAGAAAGUAAUCGAGAUAGAUUUAAAAGAAGAGUGUAAAUCUGUUGUAAAGGAAAGUGAGGAGGAGGAUAAGGUUAAAGAGGAAGAGAAGGUUCAACAGGACGGGGAGUAAGGGACAUGAAACCUAGUGGUAUACUGUACAGCAGGAAUUGAAAUGGAGGUACCGGUAAUAAGAAGUUCAGGAGAUUAAAAAAGUGGAAAGUCAAGUGAAAGAAUGAUAAUUAGAUAAAGGCCAAUAUGGUGAAGAAAACAGAAAAUUAAAAAAAAAACCUUAAGUGACUGUUCCUACAGAAAUGAAAAAAUAAUUCCAAAAUAAGAAUUGUUUAAUGAUGGUACUGUAAAUCAAAAGAACAGAAUGAGGUGGGUGGAAUUUUUGUAGGAAAGUUAGGCGAUAGAUCUGCUAAUGUAUAUAUUUUUUGUAAUAAAUAUAACCAAUAUAUAGUGGCCUUAGAGGGUGAUAAGAUUAUAUGAAGAUUUAUUUGCUGGAGGUUAUGCAUAAAGUUGUAAAGAUAUUAAACUCCAAAUGAACAUGAUGGGAAUUGCCAUUUUUUGUCCUGGAUUGAGUGUUUUCAUUUUGAACCGGCCACUGGAUAAACUAAGUAACUUGACUAAUUGUUCAAAUAAUUCAUAGAACACAAAUAUUAGUCUAUUCAGCAUUACUUAUUUAACCAUGAGUAAUCUCUUGCAUAUUUAUUCUUUUGAGAAUUUGUUAGUUUGUUUAAUAAUUUACAGUGGGUAAGCUCUGAACCUUUUGAUUCCAAGCCUCUUGUUCAUCCCUUUGGGCCAACAAUCUUAUCGUUUUGCUGACCCUCCCGCCCAAGACCCAAUAUAUUUUCUACUCUAGGUGCAGCUUAACAUUUAAGUUAUUGUGAUAGGGGAGCUCAUAAACGCUGCUUUGUAAUGCAAGGGAGCAGCAUCUGCUUCUUUGUUUUGAUACCAAACCUAGAGUUGGAAAAUUAAAAACUAAACUACUGUACUGUGGGUGGAUAAAAGAGGAUUUUGUAUGGGCCUACCCAGUACAGUACAGUACAGUAGAUGAUAAAGGGAAGGCAGGAGGUAGAUUAUAGGCAGGUAGGAGAGGUCUGUCUAUUUUCCACUUGGUUCUCUUUGGUUUGUAAGAAAAGUUAACCUAAAUUUAUGGUUGAUCUGAGCUAUAUCUACAGUAUUAUAUUUUGUUUUUAUUACUCGCAAUAAGUUUGGUAUUUUCUUGACAUCAUGAGCCAUUAGUUGCAUCAUUUAGUGUACCACACUCCUCCAUAAGGUGGUGUCUGGAAUUCAUUCAUGUAAGGCUAGGAUAUGAAGAAUAAGCUUUUCCUGUACUACCACUCGUAUAUCAUAAUUGUUAUAGCUUGCAAAAGUUUCUUUAUAUAUAAAUACAUGAAUGCUUUAUGGAUGCUCACACGUGUAUAAGUGCUGUAAUGUUUAUCCAGAUACUGUAUUCAAACUGCGAUGUAUUUCGUAUUCCAUUUAGGAAAAUAUUUUUUGUAAUUCACCACAUUAAUGCCAUGCAGGUAAUUCAUGGGACAUGUCGACCUGUAGUGAUCCAGCAGUAGGUAAGGAAGAUUUACAUGGUAAUUAUGCAGGAUAGAAAACUGUAAUAAAGAGCUUUCCAGAGUUAAAGUAUAUGGCUGUUUUAAACCUGUACAUUUAUGUACUGUAUGUGAUAAGAGUAAGUGUUUUUCUAACUUUAACCUCCAACAGUUUCCUGCAUAUAUGAGUGAAUUUUGGUGUACUUAAGUCACGUCAAUGUUUGAUCCAGGAAAUAUAUUUUAUAGUGUUUCUUUGAAGACGGUUGUUUAAUAAAUUAGCAAGCAGAAAA